AUGUGCUUGACUGACACCUACAGCUCCUUCAUGGACUUUCAAGUCUGGGAUUUCCCCGGCCAGCUGGAAUACCUCGAACCAUCCUUUGACCUCGAGGACAUCUUCGGCAGUCUAGGGGCGCUGGUGUGGGUGAUAGAUGCGCAAGAUGACUACCUAGACUCGGUCGCGCGACUCAACCGCACAAUCCUGACGGUGCAGCAAUACUACCCGGGCGUCAACAUCGAAGUCUUCAUCCACAAGGUGGACGGACUGUCAGACGAGUACCGCACCGACACCUUCCAGGACAUCGUGCAGCGCAUCUCCGAUGAGCUCAGUGAUGCCGGGUAUGAAAAUGCACCCGUGCACUACUACCUCACUUCAAUCUAUGAUUAUUCCGUAUUCGAGGCCUUCAGCAAGGUCAUCCAGAAACUCAUCCCCAAUCUGUCGACACUGGAAAAUCUGAUCAACACCCUGGCCAAUAACUGUGGGUUUGAGAAGACCUAUUUGUUUGACGUCCUGAGCAAGAUCUACAUUGCAUCAGAUACUCGACCAGUUGACAUGGCCUGCUACGAGAUGUGCUCUGACUACAUCGAUGUGAUUGUCGAUGUCUCUGAGCUUUACUCGUGGGAUCAUCCAGAUCGAAAACCAAAGGGUGAACAGAUCCAGGAGGCUGAGAGCCAUGUCGUCCUGCAUGAUGAGACCAUGAUCCACUUGAUGGAGAUGAACAAAUAUCUGUGUCUUGUUUCAGUGAUCCGCAACCGUGAAGCGAAGGAGAAGCGUGGCCUGAUUGACAUGAACUGCCGCACAUUCCAAGAGGCGCUAAACGAUGUGUUUUCCCGCAGCUGGGAACAGGAGCCGGAGCAGCAGGAAGAACAGGAUGCCGCUGGGCCAUUGGAGUCGGUCGGGUAG